AUGUCUGCUCUAGAACAAGCUCCACAGGCAGCUGCAGCCGAACAGGCAGCCGCCGCAACAUCCAAGAAGGAUGUCCAGCUCGGCCCAGUUAAGCGUGAUGGCGAAAUCGUUAUGGGUGUUGCUCACAUCUAUGCUUCCAAGAACGAUACAUUUGUUCACGUUACAGAUCUUUCUGGCUCUGAAACACUCGCUCGCUGCACAGGUGGUAUCGCUGUUCGUGCUCAGCGUGAUGAAGCUACACCAUACGCUGCUAUGCUUGCCGCUCAGGCCGUCGCUGCUCGUCUUAAAGAGCUCGGCGUUGAUGGCGUUCACAUCAAGUUCCGCGGUGAAGGUGGCUCAUCCCGCCGCCUCCCAGCCCAGGGCGCUCAAUCCGCCCUCCGCGCCCUCGCUCGUGCUGGCGUUAAGAUUGGCCGUAUCGAGGAUGUUACACCACUCCCACACGACUCUACACGCAGGAAGGGUGGUCGCCGUGGUCGCCGUCUCUAA